AUGUCAAUUUACGUCACGGCGACGGCGCGGGAGUUCCUCGAAGGGGUGCAGUUCGGCCCGAACAACGAAGUGGUGACGGUGAACAGCCGCGAUUACGCGGGGCUGGCGGGGGUCGCGCGGGGGAUGGUCCUCAGCUCCGUCAACGGCACCCCCGUCCGCCGGGCCGACGAGGAGCAGCGGCGCCACGCCCCCACCGGCAGCGAUGUGAUGCUUGUCUUCGCCCCGCAGCCCUCCGGCCGCCACGACGAGUUCGAUCUCAGCUCCUGCGAGGACGAGGACGGCGGAUUCCAGCAGCGCGGGCCAGCGCUCGCCAGCCUCGCCAGCGACGACACCGCCAUCUUGCCAGAAAGCACAAGUGUUCUCGCAGAUGCCGCAGAGAGGGCCGGGCCAGGAAAGUGCAUUAUCAUCAUGAGUGAGGGAGUUAACCCGGCAUACCCAAUCGCGGUAACCGCCGAGCGUGCAUCGUGUACAGUGAUGUAUAUUAAUGCAGUUGCACGCCUUAAAACAAGACAAAGUCUUGCUCAAGCAGGUGAUGUCUUUCGGAAAUCACUUAAAAAAGGUUUAUGGAUCUAUAUUGAACAGGCAACAAAGUCUAUAUCGCUUUUACGAAAGCUAGCAGAGUGUAUCGUGGAAGCGCAAGAGGAGGGAGCCAUUCACAAUAAGGCACGUGUUUUUCUCAUGUGUGAACCCCAUCCACACUUUCCAGAAGUUUUACUCAAUGGUGGAAUAACACUUCGCGGUACACUUCGACCUGAAACAGGUGAAGUACAACUUGAAAGUGAUUUACUCGAAAGUCGAAGAGGUCUUUCUCUUGUUCGUGGAGCAGCACCUGCAGUAGUUGACGUAAAAACGGAUGUGAGUGAUCGAAAGAGACGUGUUAAAAUAUCUCAUGAAGUGAGCAUUGUUCCCUUAGAAAAACAUACAUUUAUGGAAUUAAGCCAAAGUGCUACUGCCCCAGUUGAUCGAGAAACUAUUGCUGGAGAAGGAAUUACUCGUGUUGCUAAGUAUACAUUUGGUGCUAAUGAAAAAUUUAUUUCUCUUUGCAAAGUUAAAGAUGGACGUUACGCUGUAGGUACAACUGGGGGUUAUGUUUUAAUAUUGGAUGUUGAUGGCCUACCUCUUAUUCAAUUUCGUCCACAUAAGGCAUGUGUUUGGGAUGUGGCUUUUGCCUCGGCGUACGAUUUUGCAACCGCCUGUGAGGAUGGCACUAGUUCUAUUUUUAAUUAUUCUCUUGCAACUCAAGAUCUUGCGGCAACAUCAGUAGCCUCUUUUCAAAGUGACGUGUUCGCAGUAACAUAUGCAAACCCCGAAGAUCCUUCUAGCGCCGUUCUUUCUGGAGGUUUGAGUGCCACUAUCUGUGUGCUGCAUUCUGAUCGACAAUGCAGUUCAUUUAUUGCAUCAGGGAUGUCUAUACAAGCUAUGCGUUCCACCCAGCGAAGGCAUGUUCUUAUUGGUGGAGGCAGUGGCGUUUGUUCGCUAAUUGAUCCUGCAACUUGUACGGUGGUUGAAACAACGGAUCGUCAUCAACGGAAAGUUCCAGCUGUAGCUAGUUAUGGCGAUACAGCAGUGACAGGUGGUUUCGACAAGAUGGUUCGACUUUGGGAUGUUCGAAGUGGUCUUUCUAUGAUUAACGAAAAAACCAUGUCAGAAGUUAUCACUGCUGUUGCAGUUGAUGAUAGACAUAUUGCCGUAUGCAGUGGAUCGGAUCUCGUUGUGUGGGAUGUAAGAAAGUUUACAUCUCCAUUGGCAGCAAAACAAAAAGCCUGGAAAGAUCUCACACGUGGACUUGUCAUGGACGGUGAUAUCGUCAUAACCGCUUCUGCAGAUGGUGUGGCACGCUUCUGGUCACUGGGUACAUUUAGUAAUUAA